UGCAGAACAGCUGGGCGGAAAAAAUUGAAAAUCUCUGUUUGAGAUCCGUGAGUGUUUCACAUUGCAUGAGAAAGAGACUCUCUUACCAAAAAGGACACAUUUUUCUAGGUGGGGAUGCCAAGAAACAUGGUGUCAGACUAUUCAGGAAUGGGAUAUGAAAUUCCUUCGGAGGUCCAGCUGGGAAACUUGGAAAACACACAUCAUCUUGAGAGUGGGAAAAGUUGCCCGCAUCGAAAACACUCAAUUUUGGAUGAAGAUGAACGGUUGAAAGGUUUAACUCAUGAAGAAAAGGACGUCCUACUUUUUUUCGAAGAAACUAUGGAUUCUUUGGAUGACGGUGUGGAGGAGGAGGAAGGCUUGCACGACAGUGGGGUCUUCUGCAAUUCCCCAAAGCUGGUGGAGGAAAACACACCUGACCAUUCCGGGUCUGAAGAGCUGAUAGAAUUGGCCCCAUCAGUACCAGAGAGCAGCACGGAGCCAGCAUCAGAGGAAACUUGGAAGCUGGAUGAGCCAAAGCUGGAGGAUGCUGAACUAUCAGAAGAAGAUGUCUGUCUUCAUCCAGUUUCUCUUCCGCCAACACCGCCUUCACCACCUCCGUUGCCGGUCUGUGAGACGUAUCCCAUUCAGCCUACUAUACCGCAUCCGAAGCUCCUUCACUCCAUCCCUACACCACUUCUGAUUGCCGAGAAAUUGUUGGAGCAGCAGGCAGAAGGCAGUUCUUCCUCGCUUUCUUCUCUAAAGGAAAGGGACCCCAACAAGAGGAGGACCAUCUCCACUUCUUCCACUCUCUGCAGUAGGGAGCAGGUCAAGCCUUGUGCCCCACCUCCAACUGCUCCCAAACCCCAGAGGUUCCCGAAAAACAUCAGCUUCACCAAUGCCAGCGAGCGGGAAUUCAGCAAAAUCAUCUCCAAGGCGGCCGUCAACGUUCAAGAGCGCAAGGCUCAAGUGUUGGCCAACGUCAACGCUUCAGCCUUGCUACUAAAUGAGUUGGAAGAGAGGCUGCAGAAGCGUGGACUUUUGGGUCCCAGCCAAAGCUUACCUUUACGAGAUUUACCUUCUGAGUCCACGGACCACGAACCCUUGAGUAGUUUAAGCCUGGUUGAGAAAACUCUUGCUCGGGCCCAACUCAUCCAUCCUCUCAAAAUCCUUUCCACCACAAAGAAUGAGAGGCCUGAACAAGAAUGUGGUACACCAAAUGACUAUCAAAACACCCAUGAAAUCAUGAAAAAGGAUCCUAAUUUGUUACCCACCCUGAACAAAACAAUGACUGUCAAGCCAGAUGUUGACCUUGUGGAUGGCAAGUCUGCUUGGCCAAGUAUUUCUGGACAACCCCAACAAGACCUCAUCCUCGACAUACAGAGAAAGUUGAGCACAUUGCCCAAAUCUACAGGACUCCAUUCCAAAGGUGUCACAGUACAAUUUUCUGGCCGUGGUUCGACAGAAGAAGCCCGGAGGGAGGCUCUACGAAAACUGGGACUUCUGAAAGAAUAAUGGAACGAGAAGAACAUCUAAAGAACAUUAUGACAGAUUGACAAAUUCCAAUGAAAUCCAUUCUAUUUAUCAUGCAGGCGAAGGAAAUAUUAAGUGUUUGGAACACCACCGUUCUCUGCUGGCAUUUGGGAUGGAUGUCCUUGACAUGAACUCACCGUGCUUAUUGAAGACUUCAAGGCCGUUCAUAAAAGCCCAGGUGAAAAUGAGAGUGUCAAGUUAAAUGAAGGUCAACGGGCAGUCCGUGUGUAAGCCUUGUGUGUAUCACUGGCCACGUACAUCGGAAUCCCUUGGAUAAAACCCCAAAGAUCCCAAAAGGACUGUAUUAAGGAGUUCUGUAAGGAUAAAUGUAUAUAUCCCCCAUGUAUCGGGCAGCUCAAAUUUGUAAUGAACCUGCUAUCUCUGAUUGUUGCAAGUAUUUAACACUGCAAAUCAUUGCUUUUGCAGAGUAGCUGGCAAGACUGUCGCAAACCUUUUCAGCUUGGUUGAUAGCUUGAAAAAUAUCAGGCCUGCUGGAUUUGACAAAGGGACCCAUUGCAUUUAUGUUCUGUUUCCUGGAGCUUCCCGGUCCCUGUGCUGCUAAAAAUCAGUUGUGUAAAAAUGAUCGGGGUGUUCUGACCUAGGCUUCCCAAGAUCGUGAAGCUGACUCCUUGUCCCAAUAAAACCUCUUUUAUUUAGGUCAAAGGGAAUCCCUCUUCCGCAAAGUCCUGGCAAACAGUCUUUCAUGAGAUUUCACAACUACAGACCUUUUAUCAGGCUUGGAGAUUUUCCAGGCC